CAAGAACGGCGCUGGGGUCGGUGGCUACUAAUUAAGGGAUUCUUCUUUUCCACCACACAUUCUCAACGCCAUAUCCCUGGGUCAAUCCACCCCGGUCGCUCUGCAAACCCCCCUGCAAGUUCAUGGGUCUUGUGUAUGUCUGUACAUCCACCCACCCAUCUAUCCAUACAUAGAUGCCUAUUACCUCUCCGUACCAGACUGAGCUCGACAGGAUCCAUACAAUACCAUACAAUACACACAUACACGAAUUCCGUCCGUUGCGCAGGUACCUCCUCGGUACCUCUCUGGUUCAUCCAGCUGGGCUCCCGAGUCUACAUAGGCACAGUGCUUGCACGGUCUACACCCUGUCUCGCCAGUCGACUACUACGCAGGUCCUCUUGUUCGCUUAUGAGUAGUCUUCGAUUUCCGAACAGGGACCUCAUGUGCAAAGGUUUGCUUUCGUCCCUCUAUUCCGUGCCUUACCCUACGGCCCCGUUUUAUUUCUCUCGCCAUGCUAGAAUUUCCAUCUCUGCCUGCCCGUCCCAAGCUGCCACAUCUGCCCAACCCGCUACUUGGACCUGGCCAGCUUCUUCUCCUUCUUCUAGAUGGAGAUGUCGGCGGAACCCCUGCUUCGGGCGCUUAGUGGCCAUGCUCCGGCACCACGUUCUUGAUCGGACGGCACACACACACACACACACACACACACACCAGGGGGGGGCAGGGGGAGGGGAGGGGAGGGUUCAGUCCGAUCUGGCCAUCAGGGAGUCGCCCGUGGUGAGUAGUAGGAGUAGUAACACUUACAGCGGCGGUUAUUCCUGCAUGCCCGCUACUUCGUCUCCGCACCCAGCAGUUAGAUUCAAGCCCUCCCCCCCUCGGCUUGCCCUGUCACUGCUACCCUGGCCGUGGAAUCCUUGAGGAGUUACCUCGAAUACCGAGAGAGAUGAGACCAGGGUAGUACGUACUCGUGUCCCUGCGUGUGGCCUGUCAAUGUACAUACGUAACGGGGUGUACUCAUACGGUCCGAGACUCGAAGCGUGGAGGUAGCUUCAGGAUCAUCUCGACGACGUACAUAUGCCCGCCAGUCCCACCUCAAUCUCGACCUCCAG